AUGAGGUCGCGCUCCGAAACUGUAGUAUCGCGAAAUGGUCGUCGACCACGGUCUAGAGGCUCGACGGCUAGUAUUCAUUCCAGCACGACCCAGCAGACCCAGGAUCAGCAUCUUCCCGACGGCUUCUCUCAGUUCUUGCCCACCCAAGCUACUGCUGGCCACAAUGUCUUCGCCAACAACCCGGAAGAUAUUAUCAUGCGAUUUGGCCAACAGCUCACGCACCCCGUGAAUGGAGCUGCCCUUGACCCGACAUUGCAAGACGCUCAUCAACCUGUCAUGCCCAGAGCCGAGGAUUUCCCCAACCAUGCUAUGCACAGCAAUUCUUUAUCUCACCACUCAAUUCCAGAACUAUCCCAUGGAUUGCCUAAUGUCCCGAUCCCUCAGUACCAAGCCAUGUAUGACAGCGGAAUCGAAAACCAUGUACCGGAACACGUGUUGGAAGACAACGAAAAUUCCGAAGCUGGCGGUCGGAAGAAAAAGGGUUCUAGCUCAUCUCUCGCCAACGACAAUGAAUUGCGAAAGCUGCUGCGUCAGUACGAAGGUUACACCUUGAAGCAGAUGGCAGCAGAGGUUCUGAAGCAUGAAGGUGCUGGCGGUAAGGCUGAGAAGGUCAAACAAGUCUUUGCCAUGAUCUGGUUGAGAGAGAAUUGCAGGAAAAGCAGCGGGUCUGUCCGGCGAGAUCGCGUCUACUGCUGCUAUGCAGAGAAAUGUGGAACUGAGCGUGUCUCUGUCUUGAACCCGGCCUCAUUCGGAAAGCUUGUUCGCAUCAUCUUUCCCAACGUGCAGACACGACGACUUGGUGUUCGUGGGGAGUCCAAGUACCACUAUGUCGACUUGACCGUGAUCGAGGAAAAGCAACAGAAGCCACCGCCGUUGAACCCUUCAAUUUCACCGAAUUUGGGUGGUCCAAUUGGCGUUCCUCAGCACAAACCAGAUGAUGUGAUGCCAAGGAGUGUCAGUGUCGUAACGCAACAACCUCAGGCAGAUACGGCAGUCUUUCCUACACCAAGCAUCUCCUAUGCGCCCAAGAUUUCCAGCAACAUAGCGAGCCAAGGCUGUGGCUGUCAAUCAUCACCCAGAUUUAAUACGGCCGCCACUCACGAAAAUGUCGCGACCCAUGCUGGAAAGGCUAUUCACCAUAUUCUUCAGUUCCCAUCAACAGACGGCUCGUCAGUCGACAACGAAUCUCUACAGCUCCCAGAUAUCCGUGGAUACCUCCCUGCCAACACCGACCUGAAGUCGGCCGCUGCUCUUGCAGCACUUUAUCGAACCCACUGCAUCUCUGUCAUUGAUAGUUUUCGAUACUGCAAGGAGAGGAAUCUCUUGCGAUAUUUCUCAGCUUUUCAUGGGACAUUAACGGUCCCCGUACAAAAGCUCUUGACUCAUCCCAAUCUCGCCGCUUGGAUAAAAGAAUGCGACUGGAUGAUGUACCAGAAAAUGAUUGCAUUUGUAGCACCACUUACAACGCAGGUCGUACCAAAGCUCGUCCUGGACGCGUUCAGCUCGAUAUCACAACGACUUACCGCUCAUAUUGCCGAGACUUUCAAAGCCCUGCCUUCGCACGUCUCUUUGGCGCGGUUAAUGCCAGCACACAUCUUUUGCAAUCUUCUCCGACAUAUGCUUGAUGUCAACCAAUCUGCCAACGCGGCUGCUGCAUGGCUAUGCCAUCCUGACAACAGGAACCAAAUGUGGUUUGACUUUAAAACCCUAGUCGACCCGAAGGAGAUGAUUUGCAAAGCAAACAUUCCAAGUUGCGCAGAGAAGGCAGUAGAACAGAUUUUGAAGCAUGACGUUCGGGCACUACUUACCCCUAUCACUGACGCCAACCCUUCGGCAUCCCAUCCCUUUUUCACAAAGCCCGAUAUGGAAGAAGAUAUGCAAGCACAUAAAAUUCCUGUACAGUCUUCUGGUGGCGAAGUUGACUACAACUUCCCCGAUAAAUGGAUAUCAUUUAUUCUUAACUUGCCAGCCAUCUUUACCAACCAUCGGGCCCAGUGCAUCGUUGAAAAGGUCGAUGCCCUGUGGGACUGCAUUCUUCAUCGAUUGACAUUAGGUGGAGCGCAAAGCUUUAGUGCAUGGUGGAUGACCAAAGUGUUCUUCCAUGAAAUGAUGGUAUGGCAAGCUCAAAAGGGUGGAUUCAUGCGUUCCACUCCCACCACAUUGCAGACCGCAGUCUACGGACCACAGCAACCAACUCUCAGCCACUUCCCCACCAGACAGCCUAGCUAUUCAGUUCCGGAUAGGCGAGAGUCGUUUAUGACUUCUGAUGGACAGCAGGCAGGCGAUUCGAGAGCCAGAUCAACCACAAGUCCUACAGCGGCAGACGAAAUUUCACAAGGCCGGGAAUCACUGGAGCGUUCACACAUGGAGGCAGAGCCGAAUAGCAACACUCUUGAAACAGAGAAGCCAAAUAGUAUCACGGAAAACAUAGCGAGCUUUCACGCCCCAACCAAUGACGAUAGCGCAAUUGACCUUGACGAUGAUUCCAUGUUGAUGUCCGUGGGUAAAUAUGGUGACAUGAUGGCUUCUGACCCAGCAGACGCUGAAGGAGAUGUUGUCGUCAUUUAG